UUUAAUUUGCACGUUCUGCCCCUGACAUAUCCUGUGAAUCUUGUUGCAACCUCCAUCGUCGUCGCUUUUCGCCCUUUUGUUUGGUUUCUCGUAACGUGUGCUUUGCUACCGUUCAUCAACGUUGUAACCUGCCAUCUUCUCGUCCCCGUCUCUCAUGGCUUCCACCGAAUCCCCCGCGGGCGGCCUGAAGGUCGGUAUUGUUGGGGCUGGCGUUGCUGGUCUCGCUGCCGCCAUCGCAUUGAGACGUAUCGGCCACGAGGUAGAGAUCUUUGAGCGUUCCGAAUUCAAAAAUGAGAAUGGCGCUGCCGUCUCAAUUCCCCCCAACGGUGGCCGCAUCUUGAAGCGCUGGGGGUUUGAUCCUGUAGCAUCGGGAGGUAUUGAAAACAUCCAGGUUCGUCGACCAAAGGGUGACUCUUUGGAGCCAAUGGCACCGACCCUGUCGUUCUCGAAUGUGGAGGAGCUAUAUGGCGACAAAUGGUUCUUCUACCAUAGAGUCGACAUGCACAGACACCUGAGAGAAAUGGCCGAGGCUGCUGGUGCUGUCAUCCAACUCGGUAAGCGAGUGGACGAUGUCGAUAUCGACAGCGGUGAGAUCACUCUAAAGGACGGCACAAAAGUCCAAAAGGAUCUCGUCAUCAUUGCUGAUGGCCAACAUGAUCGCAUCAACGCCAAAGUGACCGGUGUCGAAAUCCCCAUGAAGCGAAGUGGUCAAACAGCCUAUCGAUGCUUGAUCCCCAUGGACGACAUUCUUGCCGAUGAGGAGACCAGCUUCUUCUUCAAAAACCAGCCUCCGGGUUUCUGGGCCCCAGCUCUACCCGCCAAGGGCGUCAUGGCCGUCACAUAUCCUUGCCGAAACAACACCAUCUUGAACGUCCUAGCUGUUCAUCGAAAACUCGGCCAGCAUGCCUCCAGCGAGGAGGAUAUUGUCAUUGAUGAUUGGAAUUUCCCCGCCACCCACGAAGAUCUCGAGCGCGUUCUUGACGGCUUCCAUCCUGCCGUUAAGAAGAUGUUCCUCAAGUCUCCUGAGGUCAAGGUUUACACUCAAAUGAAGCGAGAUCCUCUCAGCAAAAUGACAAAGGGCAAAGUCGUCUUGAUUGGUGAUGCCUCCCAUCCCAUGCUUCUAACCCACGCACAGGGUGUCUCUUCCUCCAUCGAAGACGCAGCCGCUCUUGAAGUUUUCCUUAAAGAUGUCCCUGCCUCCGAAGGUGGUGUUUCCGCCGCCCCUUCUGAGAAGCUGCUUCAACGUCUGCAGGAGUUUGAGGCUUUCCGUCUCCCACGACUAUCUGCCACACAGAUCCUGACCGAUCCUGUGGUCCCUGGACCUCAGGCGGCUGCCAACUACGCCAAACAAGAAGCAGAGAUUCGAAAGUAUUACUCUGGGCCCCUGCCCCCAACCGGCUCUAUGCCCCACAGCCCACCCAUCUGUCAAUUUUUCUUCGCCUAUGAUGUUCGAAAAGAUGCCUUGGAGUUUCUAGAAACAGGAGCUCCAAAUUACAAGCCAACAGAGACACAGCCAGAGGCCUCUGCGCCAGCCAAAGCGCCCACGGAACCAACCCCUGAGAAGCCUGCACCCUCGAGCAGUACGCCAAUCAAAGAUACAGCCGCGGCUGCUGCUAGUUCGGUCCAAAGCAAGAUUGCUGCUUUGGAGAAGAGAGUCGCGGGUCUGUGAGGGUAGUGACUCGAUGUGUGGACACUCGACUUUUGAUAUAAGAGAGGGAGAGACAUGUUGAGGAUUAUUGCUGUCUGCAUAGAUUCGAAUGAAACUCUGGAAAUCUACGAACCUAGUCUGAAUAAUUUUCAACGAUUAGACACUCAUCACUUUCGGAUCUGCGUAGGCUUGC